CUUCCUCUUCCUCCUCCUCCUCCCUCAGCUCAAAGCCGGAGUAGAGGCGCUUCGUCCUCAGUCAGUUCUCUGGACCUUCAGCUGGUCACGGAGGCAGCAGAUCCACUCACUCACACACACACACGCGCGCGAGACUCCUCAUACUUGUCAAGAUGGAACAAAUCCUCGCACCUCUGAGAGAAGCUGUGCGCGAGCAGGGCGACCUGGUGCAGCAGUUGAAGGACAAAGGCGCCUCCGAGCAGGAGGUGAACAGAGCUGUGUCUGAGCUGAAAGCCCGCAAGAAGAUCCUUGAAGCAAAGGAGUUGGCUCUUCAGCCCAAGGAGGAGACUGUGGACAGGGUAAAAAUGGAGGACACCUUGAAGAGGAGGUUCUUCUACAUUCAGGCUUUCGCCAUAUAUGGAGGUGUGAGCGGCCUGUACGACUUCGGCCCGGUGGGAUGUGCCCUGAAGAACAACAUCCUGCAGGUGUGGAGGCAGCACUUCAUCCAGGAGGAGCAGAUCCUGGAGAUCGACUGCACCAUGCUGACUCCCGAGCCCGUCCUCAAGACGUCUGGGCACGUGGAUAAAUUCGCCGACUACAUGGUGAAAGACGCCAAGACUGGAGAGUGUUACCGUGCUGACCACCUGCUGAAAGCUCACUUAAAGAAACUGAUAUCUGAUGAGACGUGCUCCAAGGAGAAGGCCGACGAGAUGGAGGACGUCAUCACUCAGAUGGACAACUACACUCAGAAGGAGUUGGCCGAUCUCUUUGUGAAGUACGACGUCAAGUCUCCCUCCACGGGGAACGACCUCACGCCUCCUGUUUCCUUCAACCUGAUGUUUAAGACCUCCAUCGGGCCGGGAGGCAACACACCCGGCUACCUGAGGCCUGAAACAGCUCAGGGAAUGUUCCUCAACUUCAAGCGUCUCUUGGAGUUCAACCAGGGGAAACUGCCCUUCGGUGCCGCCCAGAUCGGGAACUCCUUUAGGAAUGAAAUCUCUCCCCGCUCCGGACUCAUCCGCGUCAGAGAGUUCACCAUGGCUGAGAUCGAGCACUUUGUGGACCCCAACGACAAAGUCCACCCCAAAUUCCCCAAUCUGGCCGACCUGGAGAUCCUGCUGUUCUCCUCGAAGGCUCAGACGAGCGGGCAGCCUGCACAGAUCAUGAGGCUGGGCGAUGCUGUGGAGCAGGGCGUGAUCAACAACUCCGUUCUGGGCUACUACAUCGGAAGGAUCUACCUGUACCUGCUCAAAGUCGGGCUCUCCAAAGAGCGCGUGCGCUUCCGUCAGCACAUGGAGAACGAGAUGGCUCACUACGCCUGCGACUGCUGGGACGCAGAGUCCUUAACCUCCUACGGCUGGAUAGAAAUCGUGGGCUGCGCCGAUCGCUCCUGCUAUGAUCUCUCGUGUCACACCAGAGCGACUAAAGUCCCUCUCGUGGCAGAGAAGCCUCUGAAAGAGCCCAAAGUGGUUAACGUGGUUCAGUUUGAGCCCAACAAAGGCGCCGUCGGCAUGGCCUUCAAGAAAGACGCCAAGCUGGUUCUGGACUUCCUGGCCGUCUGUGACGAAUGCUACAUCACCAACCAGGAGAAGCUUCUCAGUCAGGCUGGGCAGUUCAGCAUCGAAACUGAGGGCAAAACAUUCACACUGACCAAGGACAUGGUCAGUGUGAAGAGGUUCCAGAAAACCCUGCACGUGGAGGAGAUCGUUCCCAACGUGAUCGAGCCCUCGUUCGGCAUCGGCAGAAUCAUGUACUCCAUCUUCGAGCACUCGUUCCGCAUCCGAGAGGGAGACGAACAGAGGACGUAUUUCAGUUUCCCGGCUCCCGUGUCCCCGUACAAGUGCACCAUCCUGCCUCUGAGCUCAAACCAGGAGUUUAUGCCAUUCGUGUCCCAGUUAUCCGAGGCCAUGACCAAGAACGGCGUGUCUCACAAGGUGGACGACUCCUCGGGAUCCAUCGGGCGCCGCUACGCCAGGUCGGACGAGAUCGGCGUCGCGUUCGGCAUCACCAUCGACUUCGACACGGUGAAGAAGUCGCCGCACACGGCCACGCUGAGAGAGCGAGACUCGAUGAGGCAGAUCAGGGCUGAGGUUUCCGAGUUACCUGGUAUGGUCCGUGACAUGGCAAACGGCACCAUGACUUGGGCUGACGUGGAGAGCAAGUAUCCCAUAUUUGAAGGACAGGAGACCAACAAGAAGGAGUAACUCCUCUUCCUCCUCCGCUCUGAGUGUGCAAACACUGUCCAUAUUUAGCAUUUUGUCGUCACUUCGUGCCUCACACAUAUUUUUAAAUGAACAAUCUUUCAUGACUAUUUUUGAAUUGAAUAAUAAUUCCAGAUAUAUUUUCAUCUGUGUCAUACUGGAGGAAUAGGAAUAACGCAGUCCUGUGAGGACAACUUCACCUUUAACAGUAUUUUCAUCACCUGAGGAACUAGAUUUAGACCUGAAUCUGAGGAAAAAACAGUGGUUGGGUUAUAGAUAAAUAAAUAAAACCUCUGAAUAUGGAGUUAAUGUUAUAGAAAUGUGGUUGUAUUUCUAAAGUAAUGUCCAGUUUGGUAACAACAGUGAGGUAUAAAGGAGCGUGUAUAGGUCAGUGCAACAAUAUGGUCACAUGAAAAAUAACUAAACAACUGAAAUUCAUCCUCCAUUAUGUUCUAAACACAUUUCUAUUGUCAUACUAUUAUACCAUAGUGUGUUUGGACUGUAGUGCGUGCCAAAAAGUUAAUAUGUAAUAAGGAAAUGCAUUUAUACCAAAGAAUAAAACCAGCUCAUGUAUAAAUACA